UCUGCGCUCAGGUACAGCAGCGCAUCACACACGGACAGAAGGAGAGAGAGACAGGGAGCAGCAGAGGGAGAGAUAUUUAUAGCCUAAAGCGAGGCUGCAGCACAGAGACAAGGCUUGGGACCGAACCGCAGGCAGGCGGACAGACAGGGCUUAGGGAAAAGAGGACACGCCAAAAUGAAGCUGUUCACUUCGGUAGUUUUAUUCGGGGCCGCAGUGGUGGCCCUGGUCAGCGCAGCCGGGACGGAGGGCGAGAUCUCCUUCGAGUACCACCGCUAUGAGGAGCUGCGGAAGGCGCUGGUGUCGGUGUGGCUGCAGUGCCCGACCAUCACCCGCAUCUACACCAUCGGGGAGAGCUUCGAGGGCCGUGAGCUGCUGGUGCUGGAGAUGUCCGACAACCCCGGGACGCACGAGCCUGGUGAGCCUGAGUUUAAGUACAUCGCCAACAUGCACGGCAACGAGGCCGUGGGCAGAGAGCUGCUCAUCUACCUGGCUCAGUACCUGUGCAACCAGUACCAGCAAGGCAACGAGACCAUCAUCGACCUCGUCCACAACACUCGCAUCCACUUCAUGCCGUCCAUGAACCCAGACGGCUUCGAGAAGGCCGCUUCACAGCCUGGUGAGAUCAAGGACUGGUUUGUUGGCCGCAGUAACGCACAGGGUGUGGAUCUGAACCGUAACUUCCCAGAUCUGGACCGCAUCAUCUACAUCAAUGAGCGGGAGGGUGGAGCCAACAACCACCUGCUGCAGAAUAUGAAGAAGGCUGUGGAUGAAAACACCAAGCUGGCUCCAGAGACAAAGGCAGUGAUCCACUGGAUCAUGGAUAUCCCCUUCGUUCUCUCAGCUAACCUGCAUGGAGGAGAUGUGGUGGCUAACUACCCAUAUGAUGAGACCCGCACUGGCUCCACCCACGAGUACAGUGCCAGUCCUGAUGAUGUGAUGUUCAAGUCUCUGGCAAGGGCCUACUCCGUGUACAACCCAGUCAUGUCCGACCCUAACCGACCCCCCUGCCGUAAGAACGAUGAUGACUCCAGCUUCAAAGAUGGCAUCACUAACGGAGGGGCCUGGUACAGUGUGCCAGGAGGAAUGCAGGAUUUCAACUACCUCAGCAGCAACUGUUUUGAGAUCACUCUGGAGCUCAGCUGUGACAAGUUCCCCAAUGAGGACACACUUAAGACCUACUGGGAGCAGAACCGCAACUCACUGGUCAACUACAUCGAGCAGGUUCACCGUGGCGUAAAGGGCUUCGUGCGUGACCUUCAGGGCAACCCCAUUUCCAACGCCACCAUCUCUGUGGAGGGCAUUGACCAUGACAUCACCACAGCCAAAGAUGGAGACUACUGGCGCCUCCUGGCUCCAGGAAACUACAAAGUGGCAGCCUCUGCCCCAGGAUACCUGACUGUCAUCAAGAAGGUGGCUGUUCCCUACAGCCCUGCAACCAGGGUGGACUUUGAGCUGGAAUCUCUGAUGGAGAGGAAGGAGGAGGAGCGGGAGGAGCUGAUGGACUGGUGGAAGAUGAUGUCAGAGACACUGAACUUCUAAAGCGUUUGUCUGGCUGGUGAUCGGACUGUCCGCACAUCGAUGUAAUAUAUUCAACAUUCUGUGUGCCCGUCCACUCUAAAAAAGAAUAUAUUGUUUCUUUAUUUGUUUCGUUCUCUUUCGAUCAUUAUUUUAAUUGAUUAUUACUGUUUAUUACUGUAAUGGUUUGCCUCAUGCUCCUGUAGAAUAUCCUGCAGACACAGAAACAUAAUACUGACGGACACAGGAGGAAUUUGCAGGUAGUUUGACGGCAGUGAGAUCUGUGUUGAUUUCUGUGGUAUUGUGUUCUUUAUCGUACACGUGAUUUGGUAACCAUGGCACCCAUCUAUAUAACCAAUGAGUGACUGAGUGAUUAUGUAUGUAAAAAAGCUGUUUACAUCAUUACCACAUGGCUCUGUCCAAAAGAAUUCAUCCUUUUUUCCUGUUUUAAAUGUCUCUGUUUCUCCUGGCUUUAGUACACAUACACACGUACAACACGAAAUACACACACCCUUCUGGUUCAUAGUUAACACACACUCAAACAGACACACACACAAACACAUACACGCACACACUGUCUUUCUCUCUGUAAUAUAAAAAAAUACAACGCUAUGGUUUAGAGAAAAUCUGGGACAUUAAAAACACUGUAAAAUCACUGUAAACAUGAUAUUGUAAACAAUCUAUACAGGCACGCUCAUGUCCCUGUAUGUUAUUGAUGUUGAGACUUUUUUUUUAAACUGACUGCAGCACAGCUUUGAUUUUAGCACAAGAUGAAUGGUUAUAAUAUAUACUGUAUUUAUGAACUAUAGGUAUAGCAAGAAAUGUGUGGUUUUUGUAACUAAUAAAAAAAAAAUCAAGGCCAUAACACAUAUAAAUCUGUCCACCUCAGUCUACCCAAAGCCAUUCCUUAGUAUGUGCCCCACACAGGGAAUACUGUGGUACCUAAGGAGCUGUGGUACAUGUACACAUUGUUUUAUUAAGGAUAAAUUAACACUAAUCUUCUGCGUGGACACAGAACGUUUAGCAAGUUGGAUGCAGUUUAUCUGAGACCAUAGAAAGAAUUUAUUGAAUGUAUAUCUAUAGAAAAAGUUGCAAAUGUAAAGAAUGAACUGAUCAAUAAAAUUCCCCUCUUUAUGUUGUCAAAC